AUGCAAGAGACGCGGCACGUCCCAAAUCCUCUACGACCCUAUUACGUUCCUCCCUCCAUUGGAAUCGACGCAGUGUCAAACGGCACCGCAGGAACGUCGAAGCCUUUCUCCGGGCCGUCUUUCACACUCCCAGACAUCGAUUAUUCCGACUACAUAUCCGAAGCUUCCCCUUCUCUUCGGGGAUCAAUCAAGUCUGUUGUGGACCGGGCGUUAUGGAAAUAUACGAGCGUGGUGAUCGCACAACCUUUCGAGGUGGCGAAGCUCAUAUUACAAGCACGCGUUGCACAAGAUGAAAAAGACGAGCCGGAGAAGAGACAGACCCAUGGUCGACAAGAGGAUAGUCUCGAUGAGUACGAAUUUGACCACUCCUCCGAUGACGAACCAAAUUACUUCACGUCGGCAGCACCCUUCGAACGCCCUCUCUCGAGCCGCUCGCCGACUCGCGGUCGACGAGGGAGGCCACCUCGAGACAUUCCACCCUCCCGACACCCGGAUCACACUCUACCAUCCGGUGGUCGAAUUCAUCUGAGAAAUCCUCACUCUCUCCUUGACACGCUCUCAGCCCUCUCCUCCAGUGGUGGCGCCCUAGCAAUGUGGCGGGCCACGAAUUCCACGUUUGUUUACCAUAUAUUGUCGCGAACCUUGGAAACAUUCUUCAGGAACUUUCUGGCAGCAGUAUUUGGGGUGGCAGAGAACGAUAUUCUCGUUCCAGCCUCGCCCGUGUCGAUUCCCGACAUAUCAAUUCUUUCCUCAACAUCUCCCAUGGCAACCAUUCUAAUUAGUACUGCCGCGACAGCCAUCUCUGCCCUCAUUCUAGCGCCAGUUGACGCUGCGAGAACUAGGCUCAUCCUCACACCUUCCAGCCAGGAGCCGCGGACGCUGUUAGGAACGCUGCGUACACUACCCACGGCGUACCUAAUACCCGCACAUCUCAUUCCAAUCACUUUUUUCACAUCCACACUACCGACUCUCAUAGCCAAUAGCACACCCGUGUUUCUGAAGUCAUAUUUGGGGCUCGACCCGGCCAUGCAUCCCGCGAGCUGGAGCGUCGCAACCUUUGCCGGUUCGGCAUUGGAUCUAUCAAUCAAGUUUCCUCUUGAGACGGUUCUUCGUCGCGCACAGAUUGCAACCUGGACGUCACCAUCAUAUGCACCACCUUCGCCAUCCGCUAAAGCCAAAGCAAUCACGACCAUCGUACCUGUGCCGCAAUCUUACCGGGGAAUCUUCCCCACAAUCUGGAGUAUUACACGGGAAGAGGGAUACUCCGAAUCACCGAAGGAUCGAACGGCUGCAUUGAUGGGCAAGGCACCCAGAAGGAAACGGAAGGGUCAAGGAAUUGAAGGAUUAUAUCGUGGCUGGCGGGUUGGCUUCUGGGGCCUCAUCGGUGUUUGGGGCACCUCUUUUGUUGGAGGGCUUCAAAUUGGCAGCGAGGCUACCGCUGGAGCCAGUGCGGGGGUACACAGCAGUAAAUUCUAG